CUGGCGGCGGCGGGUGUGUCCACAAGCGGUCUGCUAGAGCGGCGGGAGCUGGUGGCGGCCUGUCGCGAGGUGAUUGCCAGGCACCCGGCCAGGAUCGCAGUCACGGCAGGAACACAGGCGGCGACAGUGGCGGCGGCGGGGACCAGUAACGCCACCGCUGCUGCCAGCACUGCGGCCGCGGGCACUGCUGCCUCCCCCACAUCGCCAGCGGCAGCAGCAGCACCGGCGGGAUCCUCCACCUCUGCCGCUGCCGCUGGGGGUGCUGCGGCAGCCGCUAGCUAUGGCACGUCUGCGGAGGGAGGCGGUGGAGCAGCUGGGGGCCCACGACCGGGCGGCGGAGGCGACAGCGCUGGGGAUGCGUCUGGAGUCACCGCAGCGGCAGCAGCGGAUCACAACCCGGACGCCGCCGCCGCCGCUGUGGACGCAGCCAAACAGCGCGGUAAUGAGGCCUUUGCUCGCGGGGACUUCAGCAAAGCGGUGUCGCACUAUACCAUGGCGCUGCGUCUCUGUACGGCACCCAAUGCCGUACUGUACAGCAACCGCUCCGCGGCGUAUAGUGGCAUGUCGUACUACGGCAAGGCUCAGGCGGACGCUGAGGAGGCGGCUCGGUUGGACCCGCGGCAACCCAAGUACCGAUGUCGGCUGGGGGUUGCUUUGCUGGGUCAGGGGCAGCUGCGAGAGGCAGAGGCGGCCUUUCAAGGGGCCUUACAAUUGGACCCCUCGUACGCCGCUGCAGUACAGGGGUUGGCGGAUGUGCGAGCGGCCGUGGCGCGAAGAUGAGGGAGACUUGGCAAUGGGGAAGGAUGCUUGCAUGCAAAACAUGACAGGCGCGUUUUGGAG